AUGGCAAACAUCACCAGCGCCAGUAGCGAUUUGGAAGCUGUUGGUGGUGGUCUUCCACGGGCAACGGCUGCUUUCACGGCUAUGACCUGGUACAACUCGAUCGAAUUACUCUUUCUCGUAUUUUUCACAUUCAAGAGAUACUCUGGUCUUUACUUUUGGAGUUUGAUUGUCGAUGUACUUAGGGCAUAUAUGAAGCAAAACAAUGUUGCACACGACACCCACGUCGACAACAUACUCAUGACUGUUGGGCUAGUCUUGAUGGUCCCCGGACAGUCCUUGGUCCUGUAUUCUCGUUUGCACCUUAUCUCAUCGAAUCGGAAACUCGUACGCUCGAUUUUGUGGAUGAUUAUCGUGUUGGCUGUUGUUCUCUGUGUCCCUACCAGUAUGCUCAACCUACGCGAGUAUACGGACCAACCGGGCACAUACACUCGGACCUACGCAGCCAUGGCAAAGACACAAAUGACUCUCUCCAGCUUCGAAGAAGUCUUCAUAUCCUGUGUUUAUAUCUGGGAGACCCGCAACGCGAUGCGUGUGAACUUCAACGCACAGGAUCGGAAGUGGAUGUGGCAACUCAUUGCAAUGAACAUUUUUCUGUUGGUAAUGGACACUGCACUGCUCGUAAUGGAGUUUCUGGAACUCUACAUGAUCUUGAACACCUUCAAAUCACUGGUGCAUAGCUUUAAGCUCAAGAUCGAAUUUGCGGUUCUCACCCAAAUGGUCCGCGUAAGCCAAACCAGACGACAGUCUGGUAGCUCGGCGACAAAGGCUUCGGAGAAUCUCGAAAGUACAAGUAAAUGGAGCAAUUUUAUGUUAGAGCAAGUUGAGGACGGGGAAGAGGAACAAGAACAGGGGGAAGAGGAGGAGAAAGAGAAGGACGAAGGAGGUGACAACAAGAAGAAGGGCAAAAAAGAAAACAAGAAACAAGAGGAAGAUGAUGAGGGGGAGUAA